GUGACAGUUCAUUUCCUGGUUGGAUGGAGCUGGAGGAGAGGUGGGGGUUGGAGUCAGAUCAGCCCUGUAAUGGUCUCUGGUUAUCAGCUGCUGUUUGCCUCCUUUAAGUGGCAAUGUUACCUUAUAACCAUGUUCCAUCGAGGGCCAGCAGAGAGGCUGUAGCAAUGGUAACACUGUGGCCAAGCUGCUAGUUCUAGCCUAUUUGCAGCAAAGCGCUAGGACAGCCGCCCCUUUAGCACCUAGGUAGGUCUAAAUCUGACCAGCUCUGCCUGCCAGGAGGGAAAAAAAGCAUCUGCCCUACUUCAAACAAACAACUCCCCUCCCCCCCCCAAAAUCACCACUAGGAGUGGAUUAUUUUUAUUGGCUGGAAUCAAGAAGGGGGGGGGGAAAUUGGACCUUGACAACAUCACCUUUAAUCAUAAUACAAUUAUUUCUCUGGAGAGAUGAAGAAGUUUUUUGACUCUCGUCGAGAGCAGGGCGGUUCUGGCCCUGGUUCUGGUACCAGUGGAGGAAGUGGCAGUAAUACAGUGGCAGGGAGUGGGUACAUUGGCAGGGUGUUCCAUAUUGGGAGAUACCAGGUGACGGUUGAUGAAGUGCUGGCUGAAGGUGGAUUUGCUAUCGUGUUUCUGGUGAGGACUAACAAUGGGAUGAAAUGUGCCCUGAAACGAAUGUACGUCAACAAUGAGCAUGAUUUGCAAGUCUGCAAAAGAGAGAUUCAGAUCAUGAGGGAUCUAUCUGGACACAAGAACAUUGUUGGAUACAUUGAUUCUAGUAUAAACUCAGUGAGCAGUGGUGAUGUGUGGGAAGUCUUGAUUCUAAUGGACUUUUGCCGAGGAGGCCAGGUGGUGAACCUGAUGAACCAACGCUUGCAGACGGGAUUCACAGAGAAUGAGGUCUUGCAGAUUUUUUGCGAUACCUGUGAAGCUGUAGCCAGGUUGCACCAGUGUAAAACGCCUAUAAUCCACAGGGAUCUGAAGGUUGAAAAUAUCCUGCUACAUGAUCGUGGCCAUUAUGUCCUGUGUGAUUUCGGAAGUGCCACCAACAAAUUCCAGAACCCUCAAAUGGAAGGAGUGAAUGCAGUAGAAGAGGAGAUCAAGAAGUACACCACAUUAUCCUAUAGAGCACCAGAAAUGGUCAACCUGUAUAGUGGCAAACUUAUUACUACAAAAGCAGAUAUAUGGGCCCUUGGUUGUUUACUGUACAAAUUGUGUUACUUUACUUUACCAUUUGGGGAGAGUCAGGUGGCAAUUUGUGAUGGAAACUUCACCAUUCCGGACAACUCUCGCUACUCCCAGGACAUGCACUGUCUCAUACGGUAUAUGCUUGAACCAGACCCCGACAAGAGACCUGAUAUUUACCAGGUCUCCUACUUUGCAUUCAAGUUAACAAAGAGGGAGUGCCCUGUCCCAAAUGUACAGAAUUCUCCAAUCCCUGCUAAGCUCCCAGAACCAGUGAAAGCUAGUGAAGCAGCUGCAAAAAAGAGCCAGCCAAAAGCCAGGCUGACUGAUCCCAUUCCUCCAAUGGAAACCUCCAUAGCUCCACGUCAGAGACCUAAAGCAGGACAGACACAACCCAACCCUGGAAUUCUGCCUAUUCAGCCAGCCCUCACCCCUAGAAAGAGGCCCACAGCCCAAGCAGCCAUCCAGCCACAAGUUGCAGGCCCUGCUGCUUUGGGUGGUGGCCAGCCCUCGCUUCCUGCAAGCGUUCAGCAGCCUAAAGCACCACCUCCGCAAGCUCAACCACAGCCUGCCCCUCAGCCCCAGCCCAAGCAGCCGCCUGCUCCUCAGCAGACCCCAGUAGCCCAGCCGCCAGUCCCUUCUACUCAGCCGCAGGCCACACCUCAGCAUCAGCAGCAGCUCUUCCUGAAGCAGCAGCUACUGCAGCAGCAACAGCAGAUGAUGCAGGCUCAGCAGUUCCAAGUGAUGCAGCAGCCAGCCAUGUCGCAGUUUCAAGUGAUCCAGCAGGGAGCGCCGGCGCAGCAGCAACUGAUGCAGAACUAUUACCAGCAGCAGCUGAUUGCGCAGCAGGCAGCCAUGCAACAGAAGACCGCGGUAGUGGUGGCUCAGCCAAAGCAACAGGCUCCAGUGCCGCAGCAGCCACAGGCUGCAGUCCAGCCAGCACCUGCGCAGGAGCAAGUGAAGCAGGCCCCGAUAAGGCAACAGCAAAAACCUCAAACGACACCGCCUUCAGCUGUCCAGGGGCAAAAGCUGGGCUCCCUCACCCCUCCGUCCUCCCCCAAGACGCAGCGUGUGGGACACAGGAGGAUUCUGAGCGACGUGACGCACAGCGCAGUUUUUGGGGUCCCAGUCAGCAAAUCUACCCAGCUCCUGCAGGCGGCUGCUGCUGAGGCCAGUCUCAACAAGUCCAAGUCUGCAUCCACGACACCAUCUGGCUCCCCUAGAACCUCACAGCAGAAUGUCUACAAUCCACCGGACGUCUCCACGUGGAACCCGUUUGAUGACGAUAACUUCUCCAAACUCACGGCGGAGGAGCUGCUGAACAAGGACUUUGCAAAACUGAGCGACGGUAAACCUCCAGAAAAGCUUGGCAGCUCCACAGAGAACUUGAUUCCAGGCUUUCAGCCAGCUCCCUCUACAACACAGGCAGAUGCUUUUGGUGGUUCUUCCUUUACAGCUGCAUCAGCUGAAAAAACAAAAGACAUCCUGAGUCUGGACACUAGCCCUCCGCUUCUAGCUGUGCCUGAUCCUUUCAUUCCUCUUCCGUUAUCCGACACACCAGAAAAACUGAUUGAGGGUCUCAAAUCUCCUGAGCCUGCGCUUCUGCUCCCUGAUAUCCUGCCUCUAGCUGACCCCUUCGGUUGCACCUCUGAUGCUGUGAAUGGAAAAGAUGACAUACCUGUUGAGAGUCUCAUACCUGGCCUGGAGGCUCCACUGCCCCAGCACCUCACCUCCCAGACCGACUCAGUUACUUCCAACAGAACAGACUCGCUCACUGGGGAAGAUUCUCUACUUGACUGCUCUCUGCUUUCUAACCCCGCUGCUGACCUCUUGGACGAGUUUGCUCCUAUAGCUAUUUCAGCUCAAGCUCACAAAGAAGAUACUAAUCUGAUAUCAGGCUUUGAUGUUCCUGAGGGCUCUGAAAAGGUGGCAGAAGAUGAGUUUGACCCUAUCCCAGUGUUGAUAUCCAAAAAUUCACAAGGUUUGCAGAGGGAACAAGUUGUAUAUCCUGUCCUAACCACUGAGCACAGUAAACUGUCUGCUGCUACUGAUGGACUUCCUCUGUACAAAGGCCAGCCUGAAAUGCUUGAGGUGAAAACUCAGCACAAUUCAGAAUCUGAUUACUUCGCAAGAGAUGGGCCUUCAAGCAACAGUUCUUUCCACAGCAGUGAGGGAGAGGGGACAGACCAUGAGGUGGACAUCUUGGAUUGUAGUGGGUCCAGGCCUUUACUUAUGGACUCAGAAGAAGAAGAGGAGUCCAGUAAGUUGCAAUCGACACUCAAGGAAAGAUUUGUGGCUUCCAGAGAAGAUUCCAAGCCCCAGCCUUCCCAGAGCAGCAUGGGGAAAGCUCUGUUUACAGCCUUUCAGCAGCACUCCGGAGAAAUUUUCAAUGAGCCAGAUGUCUUUGCCACGGCUCCUUUCCGAAGCUCAAGAUUAGUGCAUGAUGAGUUGGACAUCUUUACCAAAGCUCCCUUCAUCUCCAAGAGCAAUGUGCCUGUCAGGCAGCCAGAAGAGGCAGAUGUAUUCCUAAGUGCCCCUUUCACAAAAAAGAAAAGCUUGGAAGAGUUGACUUCUCAUAACGUUUCUAAGGAGCCUCACAUUCAAGCCUCUUUCCUAGGUCAAACUGGUGAUGUCCAACAUGUAGAUAACUCCAAGUUCCAAAACUUGGAUACAGGAACAUGUGGAUUGUCUGUCUCAUCUAGAGCUCAGUACUCUGGGGUAGGGUUUAUUCAGCCAGCCAACCUUCCGUCUCAUUCCAUAAGACCAGUGGAGACCCAAGAAGGCAUUCCUCCCAAAGGUACAUUUAAAGAACUUGGUGGCAUUCCUAAUGAUAAAAACCAAGGACAUGCACUUCCCCAAGAAGCCGUCUUGGGUUCAAUGGUUAGUAAGCCUUUCCGUCCACAGUCUCUAUCAAAGUAUUCCCGUCACUACAGUCCGGAAGAUGGGCAGGGUCUGGAAGUCCAACCUAUAGCAGCAUACAAAGUGGUUUCUCAGACCAACAAACAGGCUAUUGCAGGAUCUGUCUCUAUUGCUUCUCUGUCUUCCAGGACUAAAGAGCUACCCAGUGUUGACCCA